ACAGAUGUACUGCUCCAAAUAUAUAAGGUGUUGAUUCUUUCACGUGUUGAACAAACAAAUACUGAUGAUGAGAGUGUGAUAGAUUGCAUGCCAAAGAUCAGUUCCGAGCCCUUGUCAAGUAAUAUAUACUCCACAUCAGAAAGAAUUCUUCUUACUUGGCUCAAUUUUCAUUAUGAAAAGAUGAGAAAGGUGGCAUGGAAAAACUGUAAGAAAGGGGAUGUCCCGCCUACAAGAUGGAUCAUGAAUUUUGAUAAAGACCUUUUAGAUGGUCUUGUCCUUGCAGCUCAGGUGGCAGCCUAUUGCCCAUAUCUUGUCUCCUCUCAUUUCAUAGACAUGUAUACUAGUCCAGAGUCUCCAGAACAAUGUCUGCACAACUGUCUGAUUCUGACGAAUGCUCUCCGAACA